AUGGCGGAUCGCGGCGGACGGCCAGUCAAGCGGCUGCGCACCGACGACGACGACGAGUCUGGCAGCGACGAUUGGACACCUGCGGCGCAGGCAAACAAAGCCAGCAACAAUAGGUAUGUACCCAGCUCCUCCCUGAGUAAGCCGUGCGACACGCCCAGGCACGCAGGCUUCGGAGCAAGAGCCACCCCCAAGCCUAUCAGAUACACCUGCAGCCGCCUUCCCUUCUGCUCCAGCCCCAACCCAUCCCAGCAAACACCCACAAUGACCACCCGCCGCCUGCGCUCGCGCGCCCAGAUCAACGCUGACCUGCAAAGCAAACCUGCCUCCACUCGCUCGCGCCCGCGCCGUGCAGCUGCUGCCCCCACCUCUGCCACCAUCGAGCGCACCUCGCCCGAGGAGACGCGCCAGUCUAUCCACCUCACCGUCAAAGCCGCACCCAGCAAGCUCCGCGAGGCCACAAGCGGCACCGGCACCGGCCAGUCUCGCAGCGGCAGAAAUGCCGGCGUGAACUCGCGCGACAGCUUCGUCGGUGGCGAGAUCGUUGUCGGCCAGCGCAGCUCCCGGAACAAGAAGGCCAUCAUCGAGGAGACGUCCGAGGAUGACAUGGACGAGGAUGAUCUGGAGGACGACGAUAUUGAGGAGGACGGUGAUGAGGAUGAGGACAUGGCCGAUGACGCCGACGCCGACGCCGACGCCGAUGCGGACGCUGACGCCGACGAGGACGUAGACAUGGAGGACUCGCUACCUGCCCCGCCUCCUCCAGCCGUCAAGGCGAGGGGGAAGCAGCAGCAGCAGCAGAAGCCCAGCAUCAAGGUCUCACAAGCAGAUCGGGAGAUUCCUAGCGUUGAAGCUAAGGAGAUGGCCAUGGAGGACGACCAGAGCGAAGAUGACGAGCUCUCAGAGCUGGAUUCUGCAGAUGAGCAAGACGAUGAGGAUGGUGAGGAAGAUGAUGCUGAGGGCGACGAGGACGAGCUGGACGAUGAGAUAGACAGCGACGAGGAGACGCCCAUGUCUGGCAGUCGAGCAGGCACACCAGACCUCAGCAAGCUCACCAGGCGUCAACGGGCGGCUUUCGAGACCUACGAGGGCGAAUUGAUUUCUCUGUCGAAUGAAGCGCAAAAGAAGAAGCAUCUGACUGCCGAGGAGCAUGCCAUGCGGAGAGCUGAGAUGGCUCGCCGCAGGAAGAACCUCAGCGAGAAACGCAACGAAGAAGAGAAAAUGGACACCAUCAACCGUCUCCUCAAAAAGCAAGCUCCGAAACGCCGUGGAAAGGCGCAGGCCGACGCUGAUGCAGGCGGCGAAGAGCAAGAGGAAGAAGAACGUGCCCCGGCUCUAUGGGUUCGUUACAUUCAGACUACCGAGAACAGCCAGAUUGCGGUGCCUUAUGACUGGGUUGAGUCUCCUCUUGGAGAGUUGAUGACUCAGUCAAAGCCCGCGACUGUCAAAACACCUUUUGCGGGGAGAAUGGUCCAGGAAGUUGUAUAA